AUGGAGGGCUCUACAGAUGCUCACAGUGGGACCCACGAAAUAGGGAUCGUUCGUGCAGCCAGUAGUGACUACGAUCCCAAGAGACAGCUCUUCGCAGACGAUGCGCUAAAGAAGGAGUGGGCAAGUUUUUACGAUCUGAUCCCCAGCUCCGACGCGCCCUUCCUCCAUGCGACGGAUGGAAGGAGACCACUGAGCUUAAAGGAGCUCAAGGAGUUCGUCACCAGCGAUCAGGUCGAAGUUCUAGGGCUUGGUCGCGAGGACAGACUGUGUACAGCCAUACCCAAUGGCCCCGAAGCAGCCGUGUGCUUCUUCGCUUUUGCUUUGCGAUGUACUUUUGCGCCUCUCAACAUUGGUCUCAGCCGAGACGAGUUUGAGUUCGAAUUCACCGACCUUCCAGCCAAGGCGCUGGUGGUACAGGCCAAGGACGGUCUCAGCGAAGAGGACCAGAAGAAUACAGGCAACGCCGUAAGCGUUGCUCGGAAGUGCAAGGUAGAGAAAUUGCUAGAGCUGACACCUUCGAAGGAAGUGGCCGGCUUGUUCCAGCUGGGCAAGCAUGCAGCUGGAAAGCCCUUGAAGGGUGAUGCACUUGGCAACCCAGUAGCAUCCGUGAAGCGUGAUAGCCUUGCUUUGGUUCUGCAUACCUCGGGAACUACGAAAAAGCCGAAAAUCGUGCCGCUGACGCACGCGAACAUUGCCAGUGGUGCAAUGUGCAUAGCCUCGACAGUUGAGCUCAAGCAUGAGCAUAUCUGCCUGAACACAAUGCCGCUUUUCCACAUUCACGGAUUAAUUGUUAACGUCUUGGCUUCGGCGAUCGCAGGAUCUCAGGUGGUCUGCCUGCCUGGUGUCUUCCAGGUACAAAACUUUCAUGCAGCCCUGAUCUCUCAACCGGAGCCGAAUUGGUAUUCUGCUGUUCCCACCAUGCAUCUGCAGAUUCUUCAGUUUGCAGAGGAAGUCGCGAAAGAGAAGGGUAAGGCACCGGAGAACAAGCUCCAGCUCAUCCGAAACUGUUCUGCCGCCUUGGUCCCGACUGUAGCCGCUGCGAUGGAGGAAGUGUUGAAGGUUCAUGUGAUGCCCACGUAUGCCAUGACAGAGUCCAUGCCCAUUGCCUCCAACCCCCGAUGUGGGAAGCGCAAACUUCGCUCGGUCGGGAUGAAGGCCGGACCCAACAUGGGCAUCAUGAAUGGGCACCCUGACGCCACGUUCCUCAACGUCGGUGAAGAGGGAGAGGUCGUUGUGAAAGGUGGUCCUGUCACAAGCGGAUAUGAGUUCAGGGAGCAUAUGGAUGCGAAUCCCAACAUUGAAGCCUUCAGUGAAGGAUGGCUAAGGACAGGCGACAAAGGUUGGCUUGAUGCUGACGGUUACCUGUAUUUGAGUGGACGCUUCAAGGAGAUCAUCAACAGAGCUGGGGAGAAGAUUUCGCCUUUCGAGGUGGAAGAUGCAAUGCGUGCCAACGAUGCGUUUAAAGACUGCAUCGCCUUCGCUGUCCCGCACAAGUCCUUGGGGGAAGUUGUAGGCAUCGCUGCGGUUUUGAAGGAUGGGAAGUCGUUGACCAUCAAAGAGCUUAGAAGCUGGUGCAACAAAAGUGAUAAGCUACAAGCGAAAUGGAUUCCAGAAAUGCUGGUGACGAUGCCGACCAUUCCUAAAGGUCCGACAGGGAAGCCUGCGAGGAUAAACUUGGCCAAGAAGUUGGACUUAGAUCCCCUUGAAGGUGUGCCGAAGGACUUGGAUCAUCCAGGAAUUUCCGGAUAG